GCGAACCCCGGCAAGGACACCGGGAGGAGGCUGCAGGGGACGGAAGCGCCUGGACUUCCUCCUCGCCCUCCCCGCUCAUUGGCUUGCGGAGGUUAUGAAACCCUUGAAUGGGCGCUGCUGCGGGCCACCUGGGCUGCAAAAAGGGGCGCCUCGCCGACUAGCAGCGCUGCGCAAUCCUAGGCGGGGACCGGCGGCGGCGGCAUCAUCAUCAUCAUCAUGAAGUCCGCGGUGGUGCUGCUGGCCGGGCUGUGCGCGUUCACCGCCUACUAUGUCUACCUGCCCUUGCCCAGCACCGUGUCUGAGCCUUGGCGGCUCCUGCUGCUGGAUGCAUCUUUCCGGGUGGCUCAGCAAACGUGCAACCUGGCUCAUUACCUGGGACUUGGUCAUCACUUGAGGAUUCUGAACUUUAUCAUCGGUACAUUUGACAAGGUGAAUCCCCAGCACGAGGACCGGGUGAAGAUGACAGACACUCAGUUUGACGGCGUAGAGGUCAGAGUGUAUGAACCUCCUGCAAAGGCAGAGAAGAACCUGAGGCGCAGCGUGGUCUACAUCCACGGAGGAGGCUGGGCCUUGUCCAGUACGAGAGGAAGCUUCUAUAACAAUCUUUGCUCGAUUAUGGCUGAGUCUUUGGAUGCUGUGGUUGUCUCCAUUGAGUACCGACUUGUGCCUGACUUCCAUUUCCCAGCGCAGUUUGAGGAUGUUCUCCAUGCCACGAGGCACUUCUUGCGCCCCGAGGUCCUGGCUCAAUAUUCGGUUGACCCCAGCAGAGUUGCAAUUUCUGGCGACAGUGCGGGAGGAAACCUUGCAGCUGCUGUGUGCCAAGAGUUGAGUCAAGAUGAGAACGAAACCAGCAGUUUCAAACUGCAGGCUUUGAUCUACCCAGUCCUCCAAGCGUUUGAUUUUAAUACUCCCUCGUAUCGGCAGAACGAGUUUUCCCCCGUGCUGCCCCGAUUUGUCAUGGUGAAGUUCUGGAUCGACUAUUUCAGCGGGAACUAUGAGUUUGCCCAGUCCUUGGUCGUCAACAAUCACACCUCCCUGGAUGUGAGCGAAGCCAGUCCUUUCAGGGACCGUGUGGACUGGACUUCCCUCAUCACCCCUCGUUUCAGAAAGACGUACAAGCCCGUGACACCUGCAACGGGAAAAGUGGAAAUCCUACAGGCUAUCCCCUCCUUGCUCGAUGUCCGUGCUGCUCCGUUGUUAGCCGAGAAACAGGUUCUCCGGCUCCAACCCAAGACUUAUAUCCUGACUUGUGAGAUCGACGUCCUGAGAGAUGAUGGGAUCAUGUAUGCCAAACGACUGGAGGAUGCUGGGGUGGAUAUAACCCUGGACCACUUCGAGGACUGUUUUCAUGGCUGCAUGAUCUUCACCAUUUGGCCCACCCGUUUUUCAGCAGGAAUUCGCAUCAGGGACAGCUAUAUCAAAUGGCUUAGUGAAAACCUGUGAAGAAUUUCUUGCUUGCAAAACAAGCGAGCGAACAAACAAACUGUUAACAGGUCCAAAAUGUCGUGAGCUCUUUUAACACAUUCUUGUGCCAUCUGUGUUUAAAGCAAGAUUUUAAGUUGUGCCGUAAGGGUAUACCACUAAUGUCUUGCCUUGGAUUUGUCUGUCGCUGUGUUGUAGGGGAAGUUGCAAUACAAUUCUGAUCCCAAUGCAUGAUGAGGAAGCAAGUUCUGUUUGUCUCAGUGUGACUUUGUAAGUCAGCUGCUGGGGGCAUUUAGAAUAAUAAAGCGCUAAGUCACAACUGACUUAGAUUGA